AUGACCGCUACGUCUCUUUACGAGGGAUUCCGUCAAUGUUUUCGAGCUGUUCACGUCGAACUUCCUAACCCAACUGCGGAGUAUCCUACGGUAGCUGAUACUGACGGAUCAAUUCUUUACGAACAGCAGUUUUACCGUCUUCGCACAGCAAUUAUCGAACGCAACGAUACAGUGACUCUAGAGAAAUACCUACAAAACGCGCCAUGGGCUGUCAAGAGAGGCCAUGCUCUCGGAAUGUGUUAUGAUCCAUUCAUUGUGGCAGCUAGACAUGGGAGCCUCGAUGCGCUCAAAAUGCUCCUGGAUCAUUAUUAUACAUUCAUCAAGCCUGUUGGAAGAACUGACCUCGAUGGUCGUUGCUGUCGAGUGUUGAACACAGCAGCUCAUUGUGGCCAUGUUAAGAUAGUCGAGCUUCUGCUCGAUCACCCGUUUCUUCAGGCUGAUAUCCACCAUAACUAUAAUGGUUUCACUCCGAUUAUGAUAGCUGCCGAGGCUUCUUAUAGCAAGGACAAUCUUGAGAAAAAAGAGGCAGUCAUCAAUUUCUUGCUCGAUCGAGGUGCCCGCGCCUCUGACGCAGAAUACACAUGGGACUACUGUCUUGAUCCCAUAACCGGAGAGUCUACCCACAAGCAGGUGCCGGUUUUUAUGACCUUGAACUUUGCUGCAGAGUGGGCAGGCGCCGAUUUGAUCCGCCGGCUCAUUGAGAGUGGCGCUGAUCCUCACGUCAAGAUGAUGGAGGAUAAAGAAUUCACAGUUCGCACUGAUGUAACAAUCAUCUCCACCGCAAGUCGAUGUGCGAACGUUGAUGCUCUCAAAGUUUUGCUUGAAUGCGCAAGCAAAGUAGGUGAUGUGGCAGACGCAGUGUCUUAUCGCGAUAGCUGGGGAAGUGUGCUACUUCACUGGGCUUGUCAAGUCUCGAUGGAUGAAGAUCCCCGUGAGGUGACUGCAGAAGUCAUGGCGGAGAAGGUGCAGCGAAUCAUCGCAGUUCUUGGUCUGCUGCUAGAAUGUAGCCCGAAAACGGUGAAUACGCAGGAUCAGUACGGAAAUACGCCUCUACACUAUGCAGCCAAGAACUACAGCAAUUACGGACAAGAGCAUACAGCCAUCUUUCAGUACCUUUGCAGCAAAGGUGCAGGUUCCAGCUCUCUCAACAAAAAUGGCAAUACAGCAUUGCACAGCUUAUUUUCUUGCGAUGGAGGACUACCGAUCGAUACAACCGCGAUUCAGAUUUUACUCGACCAUGGAGCAAAAGUUACGGAUACAGACAAUGACGCCAAUACGCCACUACACUUGGCAGUCAAGGACUUAGAGAAUCUUGAAGCCAUCGCUGUUCUGCUCGACCGUGGUGCAGACAUACGUGCAAAGAACCUGAAAGGAAACACGCCACUACACGAAGCCGCGAACGGAAUGUUCUGGCCUGGAGUAGUCGAAGAAAAGUACAAAAGCAUGGGAGAAAUAAUUCGAAGGCUUCAAGGCGAUGGAGGAUAUCUGAUGGAUGAGCUGAAUGCAGAGGGAAAGUCUCCUCAGCAAAUUCAGAAUGAGAGAAGGAAGGACUUUCGGGAGAAGAUAGAUGAUAUUGAGAACGGAUGGAGGCGCCGGGGAUUAUGCUAG